AUGGAGGGGCAUGGCAGCGAUAGGCAUGGCGAGACAUGGCACGCGCACGAUAGGGAGGGCGGGGUACCUGGAUCUCCUGGAUUUGCGGGGGAUACAGAACCGACUAAAACAUACUACUAUGAAAAAUAUUUGUUACUGGACGAAGGGUCUAGCGCCAAAGCCAAGGAGUCCGGGUUAUCGAUAGUUCAACGAGAGAUGGCUCGUCAGUGGUUUGGAAACCUAGUCACGUGCUCCUGGUGGGACUAUCUUUGGUUGCACGAUGCGUUUGCAGCGUACUUUCAGUACUUUUCCACGGACUUGGUUUACCCAGAUUGGAGGAUGAAUCAAAUGUUUGUGGUCGAACGGCACCAGCAAGCUUUGGAGUACGAUCAAACGCCCAGGCGUCCGAUAACCACGUCCAUGCAGACUCCAGAGGACAUCAACAAUGCAUUUUACGACCAGACUUACAGCAAGGCCGCGGCCUUUUUGCGGAUGUUGAAAUACACUACCAACGAUACUAUAUUCCAACAGUCGUUGGUCAGAUAUUUGAAACAGAACAAAUACGUGUCGGUAGAUCCUGAUGUGUUGUUUGAGGCAUUCGAGUACACUAUUUCCAAAUAUCAAUUUAAUUUCGGAGAAGAUGUCACGGUCACUAAUUUCAUGAAACAUUGGACAGAACAGGCUGGAUACCCAAUGAUCAAUGUAGUAAAGGUCAAUGACGAGUUUAUCAUAACUCAAGAAAGGUGUCUAAUGGACACUCCCGACAAGAUAACUGAUUCGUCUAGAUGGUACAUAGGGAUCACAUAUACGACAGAAUCGAGUAAAAAUUUCGAAAACUUUAACUUGGCCACAUGGUGUAAACCGAACAUGGACAAAUGCGUCUUGUCGGAUCCACAAAACGAUGGGUGGUUUAUAUUCAAUGUACAAUCUACUGGAUUUUACAGGGUUAACUACGAUACUGAAAAUUGGUCGUCAUUGGUCAGACAAUUGAAAGAAAGGCCAUAUGAAAUUCAUGUACUCAAUCGUGCUCAACUGAUCGAUGAUUCAUUCUACUUAGCAAGAGCUGAUAAAUUACAUUAUUCAGUUCCAUUGCAAAUAUCAUCGUAUUUAAAAAUAGAAGAUGACGUAUUACCUUGGUAUUCCGCGAUAAAUGGAUAUUCAUAUCUAUUAGAACGCAUGCGGCGUAAUAAUACAGAAUAUACAGAUUUAAGAGUAUGUGUAAGUAACUUGGCUGGUAUCAUUUAUAAAAAAAUCGAAGAUCAAGUGGUCGAGAAAAAAAACAAUGACCACAUUAUUCUUACCAGCUGGAAUGCAUUCUCAGUAUGGGCAUGUCAGUUAAAUAAUGAAGUGUGCAUACGAUCAGCGUUUGAUUACUAUACAAAAUGGCAAAAUGGAGAAAAAAUACCCACAGAUAUAAGAGACGCUGCAUUCUGUGUUGGUGUUCAUAUAACAAAUGACAUUUCAACAUGGGAACAAAUGUUUGAGCUGUAUAAAACCACAAGAUCACCCUCCGAAAAACAGUCAGCACAAACAGCAAUGGCAUGCACAGAAGACGAAAGUCUUUUGUCGAGGUAUUUAAAUUAUACAUUUGAAACAGAAGAUGGUCCAAUUCGAAACCAAGAUUAUAAAGAUGUAUUUACAGCGGUAUCUUCCACACCUAUAGGACUAAAUGUAUUAAUUGACUUUUUGAUAAAACAAUUAAAAGAUGAUCCAAAGACGCCAGAAAACCUCAGAAAGGCAUUCAACAAAAGCUACAAUCAAGUCAAUAAUAAUUUAUAUUGGUUCAAUAAAUAUCACGAAAUAGUGAACCAAAACACAGGUUGCUCAAAAGAAUUUACAACAACUGAUCAACCAACAGAAACAUCGACACCGAAAAAACAAUCAACAGAACCCACUCAACUCGAUACAACAUUAUCAGGCGGUACAGAUUCAACAACAUCAUCGGGAGAAACUACUGUAACACAAUAUCCUUCUACAAAAACAGAGCAAUCAACAGUAUCCACUCAAUAUGAUACAACACUAUCAGGCAGUACUGAUUCAACACCAAUUUAUACUCAAACAUCAUCGGGAGAAACUACUGUAUCACAAUAUUCUUCUUCCACAGCAGAGCAAUCAACAAUUUCAACUCAAUAUGAUACAACACUAUCUGGCGGUACUGAUUCAACGACACCGAUUUAUACUCAAACAUCAUCGGGAGAAACUACUGUAUCACAAUAUCCUUCUACAAAAACAGAGCAAUCAACAAUAUCAACUCAAUAUGAUACAACAUUACGCCAGUGGUACUGA